AUGGCGCUGCUUAUCCUGCAAGUGCUAGAAGGGCAGAAGAAGGAGCUUGGGGUGCAGCAUCCAGAUACAUUAACAAGUCUCAAUAACUUAGCGGUAGUGCUUCAGGACCAGGAAAAGUAUGAUGAAGCAGAGGAGCUGCACCGGAAAGCGCUAAAAGGGAGUGAGGAGGAGCUUGGUAUGCAACACCCAGACACGCUACAAAGCGUGAAAAACCUAAUUUUGGUGCUACAGUAUCAAGGGAAGGACGUUGAGGUAGAGAAGCUUAAGCGGAGAUUGCUCGAAGUAACGUAG